UGUGAUGUCUGUAGUAAAUAUUUUACUAAACCAAGUUCACUCAAAAUUCAUAAAAGGAAACAUACUGGAGAGAAACCUUUAAAAUGUGAUGUUUGUAGUAGAUCAUUUAUUCAGAGUAGUCAUUUACAGAAUCACUUGAUGUCUCAUUCUGGAGAGAAACCAUUCAAAAGUGAUGUCUGUGGUAAGUCUUAUAAACGAUCAGGUCAUAUAGAUUUACAUACAACAAUUGAUAAAGCCUUUACAUGUGAUGUUUGUAGUAAAUCAUUUAAGAAUUUACAAGUUUUAAAGAAACAUAUAAAGACUCUCAAUCCUACCAAUAUAUUUCAAUGU